AUGAUACCCUGUAAUAUCGAAGCGAAUUUUCCAGCUCACCAUCCCCCCGCCCGGCAACUGCUUUCCUGCCCAUCAUCGCUUCUCUCUCCCUCCCACCCACCCAGCUCGUCAUCGCCUCUCCCUCCACGUUUCCAUGGCCGCUUCCCCCUACCCCGCCAUCUCCUCUCCCUCCCACCGCGCCAUCCCCUCUCCCUCCCACCCGCCGUCGCCUCUCCUUCCCAUCCGCCGUCGCCGCUCCCUCCCUCCCGCCGUCGCUGCUCCCUCCUCCCCGCCGUCGCCUCUCCCUCCUCCCCGCCGUCGCCUCUCCCUCCUCCCCGCCGUCGCCUCUCCCUCCUCCCCGCCGUCGCCUCUCCCUCCUUCCCGCCGUCGCCUCUCCCUCCUCCCCGCCGUCGCCUCUCCCUCCUCCCCGCCGUCGCCUCUCCCUCCUCCCCGCCGUCGCCUCUCCCUCCUCCCCGCCGUCGCCUCUCCAUCCUUCCCGCCGUCGCCUCUUCCUCCUCCCUAACGUCGCCUCUCCCUCCUCCGCGCCGUCGCCUCUCCCUCCUCCCCGCGGUCGCCUCCGGCGAGUUGGUGCACGAGCGCAACCGCGAGUUGGUGCGCGAGCGCGGGUUGGUGCGCCAGCGCGGGUUGUUUUCUGAGGCGCCGUAA